UGAAUGGCACCUGCCCUCUAUAUGGUCGAGACGUAACCAUUUACUGUAGUAAUGGAGACGGUGGAAAUGCCAGAGGAUGUCUCUCUGAGGACAACGCAAUUUACUGUUGACGAUUUAGACAUAGAGAUACUGCCACUCAUUUACGAGAUCAUUCGAAGUGUAGAAAAAGAUCCGCAUGACACUACGCAAAAAGCAAAAGAGUCACAAGAUACCAGCCACAAAAUCCUAGAAUUACAGAAGAAAUUAGACUCUGCAAGAUCGCAAAUUAAGAGAUUACCUGGAAUAGAAUAUAGUAAAGAAGAACAAUUACAAAAACUCGAGACUUUACGCAAGCAACUGAGACUGAAGCGUGAACUUUUAUUAAAGUAUCGUAAUACGUGUACAUUUGAAAUACCAAAAAUAUAAAUGUGCACAUUUUUUCGCAAGCAUAUAGGAAAGCAAUCUUAUAUCUUUCAAAAAUGCGUUUUUUAAGAGCUCUGUUUCAUUAUUUCUUAAAUAAUGAAAAUUUAAUUAAUAAAUUGGCAGAAUCCAAACCAAUUAGACAAAGUGCACAAUUUGUAGUGUAUAUACUAAUUAGGACAGGUAUGAUUCACGGAACCCGCCGCACUAUUUCUAGUCCGCGAGACUUUGUUAAACAGUUGCGAGAUAUUGCACAGCAAUUAAAGCAACAACUAGAAGAAAAAAAAAAUGAAUUUAAGAAAAAUCCACCUAAAUAAUAUGUAGAUUAUACGAUUUAUUCGUACUUUUGCAAAACCUUAUAUAUGUGUUUCCUAUAUUAAAUUUUGUAUAUAGCGAGAAUUAUUCAAAAGCGAGAAAUAUUCAUUAUUAUAGAGGAGAAUGAAACUUGUAACAAUGUGAGAUUCUCUGCAUAAUAAAACAAAAUUUUCGUUUUUUUUAUUUUUAUUGAAAUUGAAUCACAAUAUUUUAGCAAUGUGUUAAGUUGAUGACAAAUAAGUGCUCAAUUAUUUUGUAGGAAUUAUGUUUGAAUGCACAGAAGAAAUGUGUUUUUCUUCUGUAUUCUGAAGCAUGUAAAUGAUUUAUUAAGAAAUAAAUAUAUGUCUGAUACAAUGAUAAA